AUGGUCGGGACGUGCGUUGUUGGAUUUCUGUUUGCAGUUGUUGUUAGAUGGUUGAUAUCCCUUCAUGAUUAUUCAGGAUAUGGUAAGCCACCCUUAUUUGGCGAUUUUGAAGCCCAGAGGCACUGGAUGGAAAUAACUUAUAAUCUGCCUGUACAUGAUUGGUACAGACAAACUCCAUCCAAUGAUUUGUUAUACUGGGGACUUGAUUAUCCACCUCUAACUGCUUACCAUAGUUUCAUUUGUGGCUACAUACAAAGCAAAAUGAAUUCUUCAUGGAUUGAGUUAAAUAAAUCACAAGGAAUUCAAGAUGCUGAUCAAAAGUUGUUCAUGAGGUUAUCAGUGAUUGUACCCGAUGUUUUGUUAUACAUGCCGGCCGUUCUCUUCUAUUUUCUCAAGUGUUGUAAGUCAACAUCAUCUUACAAGAAAGAGAGUGGUAUGCACGGAGCAUUCUUGAUGUUACUCUAUCCUGGCCUAAUGCUCAUAGAUCAUGGACAUUUUCAGUAUAACUGUAUAAGCCUUGGUCUGUUUCUGUGGUCAGUGAAUAUGAUGUGUUGCAGUCAAUUAUUGUCUGCUGUUUUGUUUGUUCUGGCAAUUAAUUACAAACAGAUGGAGUUGCACCACGCUCUAGUUUUUUUCUUUUAUUUGUUAGGAAGAAUUACUUUUUCUCUGAAGAACCUGAUAAAGUUGAGUUUGGUGGUCAUAGUAACAUUUUCGUUGUGCUGGUUUCCUUUUUGUUGGAGCAUUGCAUCUAUUCGUCACGUUCUCGUACGAUUAUUUCCAUUCAACAGGGGUUUGUUUGAGGACAAAGUUUCCAAUUUUUGGUGUUCGCUAUCUCUCCUGGUAAAAUUGAAACAGAAAUUUUCAGAACAACAACUGAUUAAUAUAAGUUUGGUAACUACCUUGUUUGCAUCCUUACCUUCAUUAUUCUGCCUUUUUCUCAAGCCGUCAAUGAAGCAAUUCAAAUUAUCACUUUUUAACGUCUCAAUGUGCUUUUUUCUAUUUUCUUAUCAAGUCCACGAGAAAACCAUUCUUAUAACUGCUAUAUCAUCCAUUGUGAUUUAUCUUGAUCAUAAGAAAGAAGUUUCUUGGUUUCUCAUCGUUUCAACAUUUAGUAUGCUGCCGCUGUUUGUGAAAGAUAAUCUUGUCAUUCCUGCUAUUUCGUGUUCUUUAAUAUUCUACAUACUGUCGAAUGUUAACAUUCUUUCAAACAAGCCAACACUCUUUCAACAACGGAUGAUGUCAGAUUUUUGUGGAGAAAAUAAUUACUCAAGCAAAUACUCGUCAAUAUCCGAUUUACUCGUACAUCUAUCUCUUAUCUCCAUGACGUUAAUUACCAUUAUUGUUUUAAUGUUACAACCUCCUUCACAUCUUCCUGAUCUGUUUACAGUUUCUGUUACAUCAUUUAGUUGCCUUCAUUUUAUCAUGUUCUUAAUUUAUUUUAAUUGUCAGCAACUAAGAGAUUUUGUUAAAGUCAAAGCUAAUUAG